AUCUUAUCCCGCAUUUCCGCUUCCAUGGCUAUUUACAGUUUCGUUGCACAACUUGCUACGUUGAGUACCUGCUCGCCUGCACCCCUUCCUGCCUUGCACGUGCAUGGCGAAGCCACCGUCCAAUGCGCAACAAGGACCCGGACCUUGUCUCGGCGCUUUCGGCCACUCCCAUUCGCGCGCUUGCACACUGGCGCCGCUGCAACGCUGAGGCAUACAUCUUUUCCGUGCACAGCACGCGUUCGUGCGGCCCCUUCUCACGCGACCUGCACUCCAACAUCCCCACUUCCGGUACUGCUCUGCACACCCACACCCGCGGCGCCUGCAAACAUGCAGCUGCUCCUGCUGCUGCUAGCGGCGUUUGCCGCUCUCGUCAGCGCGCGCUACGCCCACGCUGACGGGUCCUGCCCGCCCGCUGCGGUGGUCCACUACGCCCAUCCUGCUGUCAGCUGGGCGGCCGGUGCAUCUACCCACCCCAGCUUCACCGCCCACACCUGGUCCGCGCUGGCACCCACUCCCGCCUACUACACCAUUUCCACGAACAGGUGCACUUCACUGGACUGCAUCAACGCCACCGUCCCCACCAACAUCAAUGACAGCACCGCGCUCGUCAAGCCCACGUACGCUGCUUACACCAACAUCAUCACCAUGACGGGCCGCGGCAAGCCUGGCGGCUCCGCCACGCCUGUGGCCCCUACCUCCAGCACGCCACCCAGCAAGCCCACCGGGAUGUCGCUUGCAGCUGCGCUCGAGAAGCGCAUGCAGUCCACAUCUCAGCGCUCUACCCGUGUCACCCACGCCCACCUGCCCAGCACUGCGGGCGAGCACAGCCUUUCAGGAUGGGUGGUCACCGUGCUGGCAGGCGCCGCCAACGCCGCGCACCCUGCAAUUCACGCCGUGGGCGUCCAGUCUGACCGAGUCCAUAUCUUAGGUGAUGACGGCACCAUCCGCGCUGUGAGCGACAGGUGCAACGUUGUGCUCAACAUCAUCAGCGUCGUCAUGGAGGAGGAGGGUGUGCACAAUCAGGCCCCCGGCCUAGCUGGUUAGCGAUUUGACUCGUCCUUACGGCAGAAGGGACCCGGGUACGAAUCCGGAUAAAAGCCCAAUUAUGCAAAAGGCGAAAGAUUGGUGCGAAACCGAUUGGUGAUCCCACGAACGAUAGGUAAUUGCCCUUAGUGGCAAUUGCGGGCUUAUGCCCGCUUCAACCUAGAAAGGACGUGGUGCAGAAGUCCGAUUUAGUGGCGAGGUCCAAGGUUCAAGACAAGGCUCAAGAUCCAAGGCUCGAAGAGGAGCGCCAUGGCUCCUCGGUUUGCACGAACUGGCAGUGCUCCACUACUAUAAUGCGGCGUUUCCCUAGCACGAUAUGUUAGGUGUGCAGGCUCGGAUGUAGUGGACUUUGAAGAGCGGCCUAGGACUUGGAGGUUGUAGUUUCGGAGGUUGUGCCUCUUUCGUGGUGAGGCGUCAGCGUGAGGGGGGCGGGCCCUCUCGCCCUAGUCACCUUGCCCCGUUAAUCCAUGCCAGGCCCUAUGGGCCGGCGUUGUAAUUAUUAUUAUUA